AACACUGGCCAUCUCGCACCAGCAGCUAGUGCGAUUGUUGCCGCCCGACAACAAUAUGUGAGUGUCGGUGCGCAUUGUUGUCGCGAUUUGAUUGCGAAAAUGUCGUCCGGCGAGGUGCAGAGUCUCGAGCUGGACGAUUUCAUCACCAAGAAGUAUGAAAUCAAAAAGCGCAUCGGCAAAGGGGCGUACGGAAUUGUGUGGAAGGCGGUCGAUAGAAAGAGCAAAAAAAUUGUGGCGCUGAAGAAAAUCUUUGACGCCUUCACGAAUCAAACGGACGCCCAGCGAACCUAUAGGGAAAUCACGUUCCUCAAAGCGUUCUCCGGCCACCCGAAUAUCAUUCAGCUUCUCGGAAUUCACUCUGCUGCCAAUUUUAAGGACAUUUACCUCGUUUUUGAAUACAUGGACACGGAUUUGCACCGAGUGAUUCUGAGCAAGGACAUUUUGAAAGACGUGCACAAGCGGUACAUCAUGUACCAGCUUCUGAAAGCCACCCUUUACUUGCACUCUGGGAAUGUGAUUCACCGUGAUCAAAAGCCGUCAAACAUCUUGAUAGACACGAACUGCACUUGCAAAGUGGCUGACUUUGGCCUCGCACGCUCGCUGAGCCAACUUUCCGACACGCCAGUCGGCAACGGUGAACUUACCGACUACGUGGCGACCAGGUGGUACAGGGCGCCGGAGAUUCUCGUCGGCUCCACGUGCUACACGAAGGGCAUCGACAUGUGGAGUCUGGGCUGCAUUUUGGCCGAAAUGCUUUUGGAAAAGCCGAUUUUCCCGGGGCCCAGCAGCAUCCAGCAGCUCCAGCUCAUUUCCCAGACUUUGCCAGCGCCCACUCGAGAAGAUAUGAAGAUAUUUGCGGGCACAUACGGUAGCAAACUGUUUGCUCAAAAGCCUCCAGGCAGGCACACGAGUGUAGAGGAGAUUUUGAAGGAGGCGCCGGCGGACGCGGUUGACCUGGUCAAAAAGUUGCUGGUGCUGAAUCCGCUCAAGAGACUGACCGCCGCAGAGGCACUCAAACACGACUACGUCGCAAAGUUCCACGCGAUCGAUUCGGAGCCGGUGCGGUGCAGUCCCGUGACGCCGCCGCUGGACGAUAACAUCAUGCUGUCCGUGGACGAGUACCGCAGCAAGUUGUACGAGUUGGCCAACUUUGGUGGGGCGGCGAGACCGGCGGCCGUGCAGCCGAGGGCGCGCCGCCACCACACACCGCAGCCCAAGCCCCAAAACAGCGCCUUCAGGGCCGUCGCCGUCGCCGCCCAAGUGAAACCCGAAAAAGCGCCGCGAGUGCGCCCCGCCACCCAACCACCCCUCGUUCAAGUAGAGCGGCGGAUGUCGCUGCAGAAAAAAGACCCAAACGUGCAGCUGAAUGAAAAAGCGGUGACCAAGAAUAAGUUACACGAGAGGAAAUCGUCGUUGCCGAUUCUGAACGGCGCCUCCGCCGCCGCCCCCGGCCUCACCAAGUGCCUCCCUGCCUCCAAGACCACGUCGGCGAUCGCCAACCCUGCAGCGCCCCUCCAAGAAAAACCAAAAUUGCUGACAUGUCGUAUGGGUUAUAUUUAAAACGGAGAAAGCGCAGAUCAAGUGUCCACUAUGAUUUCAAGCAGACCAUGGCGCGACGAAGCUGGUAUUAAGAUCGCUGCAUUUCCAUCUCAAGAUUUAAGACACUCAUACAGUGAGACGCGUAAUUAUGUUCCAACCGGAGUGAUUUUAAUCCAAUGCGAAAACAUUUGGCGGCGAAUAAUUAUAAAAUCUGCAAAAAUGUGAAUAAAAGA